GUAGCGAAACAGUUACACUCAUUAGCUUUAAUAGACACUGAAAUUAUCAUAAACAGUAGAGUUAAACAUCAUCAUUAUUAUUUGGACUCGCCUAAGCCCCGCCCACACAGUUACGUCAGUCCGCGCGUCUGCUCUGAUUGGCUAUCGGCGAAACGACUGCGUGGCGGUUUCAGCCUCCGACGAGAGAAAAACUCUACAUAGUUUCCACAGAUGUGUUCUCGAGUCUCUUGAUCUGUUCCCCUCAGUGUUCUCCUCGAGUCUCGUGAGUGAUGCAGGCGAGCGGCGCGAGGCAGCGACAGAAGAGUGUGAUGAAGCAGCCGAGCGGAGAGAAGAAGCGUGGCUCUGAGGAGAGAUCCUCCCGCUUCAGUCCCGAUGUGAAGCUCUGCGUCGCGCUCGUGUGUCUCUCAGUGUCGCUCUUCAGCACAUGGCUGCACGUCCAGCACGACGCCAAGCUCGCAGAAAUCAUCCUCAAACACGAGCGUCUGAGUGAGGAGAGCCGCAGCCUCCACGAGCUGCGAGAACACAUGGCUGGACUCUCGCGAGAGUGUGUGCUGUUGUCCGCUCCGGCCGUGUCUCAGAUGGAGGCUCUGGAGGUGGAGGUGGCUCAGCUGCAGGAGCGCUUCUCCAGUCUCGCGGGUCAGCGGCAGCAGCUCCAGCUGAACCUGAGCGCUCUGGCUCGGGCCGUGGAGAGCGUGGAGCAGCAGGCCUCCAGCGAGGUGACCUCCAGACUGGCCUCCAUCCGUACGGACGUGCGGCGCAUGGCUGGGCUGGAGGGAGAGGUGGAGCUGCUGCUCAACCAAACACAGGCUCUGGAGGAGAAGGUGGUCCAGACGGAGAAGCUGAUGGUCAGGCGCAUCGGUGAUCUACUGGCCGGCAGCAUCGACCGGGUCGCAGCUCUGAGGAGCUCAGCAGAGAAGAGCAGCCAGCGGCUGGAUCAGGUCAGCGCGCUCGUUCACCAGCUCUCAGCCGCUCACCGUGACCUGUCCGAGCGCAUCCUGGCACUGGAGAGCGGACAGGCCAAGCUGCUGAAGACCGCCACCUUCGCCAGCGACCUCAAGCCCAAGGUCUUCUCCAUCAGACAGGACUUCGCCGUCAUGCAGCCCAAACUGGACGACCUGACACUGAGGAUCGGCCUGCUGGCUGAAGACCUGAUGAGCCGAGAGGAGGAGCAGAGUCAGUGACAGGAGACCACAUCCUGAAACAGCCCAGUCGUGCUUCAACCUGGAAACUACUGCUGGAACACACUGACGUUUAGCCACAGAGCAACCGUACGCCUUUCAAGAGCACUGACGUGAACAUCAGCCUGAGAUCUGCCACGAUACUGACUAACAGACACGGUGCAUCAAACAAUAACCAUCUACAAAGCUUGGCACACUAUACCAGUUACCAGUCAAAGGUUUUGAAAUCACAGGAAUAAAUUACAUUUUCAACUAUAUUCAAAUAGAAAUCAUAUAUUUCAAAAUGUUACUGUUUAUGCUGUAUUUUGGAUCAAAUAAUUGCAGACUUGGUGAGCAGAAGAGGCUUCCUUAAAAACAUCACAAAUGUUACUCUUCAGAAACUUUUGACCGGUCGUUUACCUCUUUGUGAGUGUGAUACAGACUUUAAGAACCAGAUCUGACCAGGUUGAGUCUCGAGCUCAAGCCUGAC